AAACGACGACGUAUAGUUAAUUUUUUAUUCUUUCUAAUUUCCCAUUAAUAUCGGAAUCGCUCGCGUGACAGAGCAGUGACGAUGGAGGAGGAGCAAGACGCACAUCAUCGCCGGCAGAUCUGCAACAACUGCGAUCGUCCAAACGCGAUUUGUCUCUGCCACGUCUUACCUUCGGAUCUAAUUCCGACGAAUACAGAGAUCAUCAUCCUCCACCAUCCACACGAGUCACGCCACAAACUCAACACCACACCUCUCCUUACCAAAUCCUUGCGAAACGUCACCAGAAUCCCCGCCCGCCGUAUCCUCCGCCGUCACAUCUCCACCGGCAUAGAAACCUCUUCCCCAUCACCACCAACAAUCUACCUCUUCCCUUCUUCUCCUUCCUCUCCCGCCAUCACUAUAUCCGAAUUCAAAUCCCGAAACCUCUUAAACCAUCGAGAGAUUUCAAAUCCGCCGCCGCUGAGACUCAUCGUAUUCGACGCGACAUGGAAGCACGCGAAGGAGAUGGUAAAAUCUAGCGAGGAGGUUUUAAAAAAAGCAGGAGCGGUUAGAGUGUGUUUGGAUACGGAAGUAGACGCAUCUGUGAGCGGAGGAACCAUUUACGAUUCAGAGCUUGUGCUAAGGAAGGAACCAUUUGGAGGAUGUGUAACUACGGCGGAGGCAGUGGCACGGUGCUUAGGGGCCAUUGAACCUGACGGUGAAGAAAUCGAGAGGAAGCUGAUUAGUGUUUUGAAAGAGAUGGUUAGGUUUCAAUCUAAGUUCUUAAAGCCCAUGAAACCAAGACCUAAGUUAUUGAAGAAGAGAUUUCAGAAUCAGCAACCACUUGAACAAGAAGAAGAACAAGAACGAGUUUCGUCCUUAGUUUUAAAAAUCUAGUUUAAUAAAGAUUUUGCUCUAUG